AUGCUGUCGAGAACAACUAUUGCAGAGAUGGAGGACCGCCGCCGGCAACCCGGAGGUGGGAAGGACCGGAUCAGCGGCCUUCCUGACGAGCUGCUGCACGACAUCCUCCGCCGCCUCCACUCAACCCCCGCCGCCGCGCGCACCAGCGCGCUCUCCCGCCGCUGGCGUCGCGUCUGGGCUCGCAGCCCAGAUCUCGUUUUUGGUGACGACCUACGUCGUGGCGUGGAGGGCGGCGGAACCUCCUUCCUCGACUCCUUAGACGCCGCCCUCGCCGCCUACUCCGACGACCCGGCCGUCCACGUCGACAGCCUGAAGAUCACCGUGCCUCGCAGAUGCGGGGAGAACGUCCCGGCCCCGCGCGUCGCGCCGUGGCUGCGUUUCGCCUCGCGACGCCUCGCGGGCGCGUUCUACCUCUCGGUGCCCUAUCAGCCAUGGCCGCGGGUCAACUUCGAGGACGACGAGCUCGAGCUGCUCCCGUGCGAGGGAGCGACGAAGAUCGAGCUCCAGCUCGGGUCGCGGUUCCUCCUCCGUAUCCCGCAGGCCGGCACGUUCGAGGCGCUGUCCGACCUGGAGAUUCGCCUAGCCACCAUGGACGGCCGGGAGCUAACGUUCCUUGUGUCCUCGCAGUGCCCGCGUUUGCGGAAUCUCACACUAGUCGUCCACCUGCUUGCCGCCUCUGAUGUUGCCUUGUGCUCCGCCACGCUACGGAGCCUGGUGUUCCAUGUCCGGAACACCCUCCGGCUCGACAUCGCUGCUCCUAUGCUCGAAAAUCUGGAUGUAUCCAAGGUCGCCGAUGCCCACAUCGCUGCACCGAAUCUGGGUGAUGUCGCCUUGAGCAGCACAGAUGUUGUCUUUGCUGACGCCGCGCGACAUCUCCGGCGGUUAGCCUUCAGACAGUGCUCUGCCUUGGCACCGCUGAUGCGGCGGUUCGACUCAGUCAACACAUUGCAACUUGAAACACCCAAAGGAUUAGGGAGCUACAAGACAUUCUUGGAUGGCACGAACUAUCUUCCCAAGUGUGAGAUCUUGUCGGUAUCAUCCCUAUGGGUGUGUAACCAUGCCUUUAAACCAAGCUUGAUUCAUCUCCUGAGGAGAUGCAACGGUAUAAGGAGGCUGCAUCUAUUAUUCAAAUUUCCUUCAAUGUAUAGUACAAACUUUAUCAGCUUCAUCGUUAAUGGGCGUGAUGGUGAAGGACGUCCAAUAAACUGCAAGGGGGAACACAAAUGCUUGGGAAAUGGCGUGCUGGAAGGAUUCAUAGUUGCUUGAAGCUGAUCUUUAAUUGGAUGCUCUAUAAUGGACCUUAUGAUAAUUGGAUGUGUCAGCCGCAUGAGAAGGAUGUCUAAAAUGUUGUGCUCUGCUUGGCGAUCGCACCUUUUGAUAGUCCUGAGGAGAGGUUAAAAUCAUAUUGCACCGUGCCUACUGAAAGUUUGUCUUGUGGUUUUGGAAGUGCGGUGCUACGUGCUGGAGUCAUCUAUGUUGAAAGUAGAGACGUUAUAAUCUUCAGUCAUAAACUUCAGUUCUGCGUAGGUACAGUAAAGCUUCAGAUCACAAACCUGACAGAUCAUGUUUGUGCUUCUUCUGAAAGAGCAUCUUCAGUUGAAGAGAUUGAUAAGUCUGCAUGCAUCCAUACUCUAACUGAAUUAAGAAGAACCACAUCUGAAUGCAAAUGGAGUGUGUUCCGUCCAAAAUGGGAAUGGGCGUUAGGGUUAUCAAAUCUAGUGUGUGGAGAAGCUCUGGUUUCCACUUGUAGCAGCAUCUAUUGAUCAACCCCGCCGUACACGACACAAUUCGAAGGAAUUAUAUCAAACACCGUUGUAUAUGGAGCACCUUGACUCCUCUGAGGUGCAAAUUUUGUUUGACACAAUUCGAAGGAGUUAUAUCAAACAAUUCGAAGGAGUUAUAUCAAACACCGUUGUAUA